ACUUCUCUUUUCAAACCAUGAUUGGAAGCUGGCUCACUUCUCUUUUCAAACCAUGAGUGGACGUUUUCUCAAGCCUUUUUCAAAAUCCGUUGCCUCAGUUGCUAGGCUUCAAGUUGUGAUAGGAAAACUAGUCAUAGUCACUCCUAAGAUGAUAGUAUGUUAGCAACAGCGCAUGCGUAGUCUUCGUACAGUAUCACAGCAGAUUCAGGGCCGCCAUGGCUGGAAAUGUAUUGGACAUUCUCAAGAGUUCGCUCCUCCAGGCCGUUCCCGCUGUGCUGGUGGCCGUGAGCGGCGGGGACGCGAGGGAGCAGCGGAUAGCACAGUGCAGGUACUAGUACAGUUGUUGGGGAAAAAAUCGUGUGGAAAUUAGAGGAUUGAGUAUCCUCUGGAGAAACUGGAAUGCCGCUUAAAACGCCGGCACACCGGCUGGAUUGGCGGCUAGGGUCCUCCGAGGAUAGUAAUAUCCGAGAAUAGCUAUUUUAGCCUGUCAUCAUCCUCGGAAUUGAAGGUAUUUUUUGGGAUUCUAAAAAGAAGCAUACAACUUUAGCGUCAUCAUCCUCGCGUUGCUUCCGCGGUGGAGGUCAACCGGUCUGACGUGUCACCUUCCCCCUUUUGUGGAGAUCAAACGGUCUGACGUGUCACCUUCCCCCUUUUGUGGAGAUCAAACGGUCUGACGUGUCACCUUCCCCCUUUUCUGGAGAUCAAACGGUCUGACGUGUCACCUUCCCCCUUUUCUGGAGAUCAAACGGUCUGACGUGUCACCUUCCCCUUUUUGUGGAGAUCGAACGGUCUGACGUGUCACCUCCCCCCUUUGCUCCCUUCCUUCCCUUUCGCUGCUGGCUUCAGCGCUGCGCUAUCCGAUGUGCUCGUUCUGCCGAAAUGCGAACUGUCAGGAAAGCGCGUGCAGUCGCUGGUCCACCCUUCCGACAGAGCCGCGUUUGAGGCAGCUGUGGGGGAGUGCGCGGCGGAUAGCAGUAGGCGGAAGCGGCAGGUCUGGGUGCGGCUGGCAGUGAGAGGGGCGGUCGAGGGGAGAACGGGGGGAGAGUUAGUGGGGGAGGGGGGAGAGGCGGGGGAGUCAGGGGAAGCGGAGAUGGGCGAAGAGCCGGGAGAGGAGAAGAGAGGGGGGGGGAGAGGGGAAAGGGGAGGAGCGAGUGAGUGGCGGUGGUUUGAGGUGUCUGCGUCACUAGCCGCGCGUGGUGCGAGUGCUAAGGAUGGUAGAAGUAGCACCAGCAGAGCUUCAGGCACUAAGGAGGAUAGAAGCACUAGCACCAGCACCAGCACAGCUUCAGGUGCUAAGGACGCCGCUAGCAGCGUUGGGAGAGCAAAGAAUGCGCCAGGUGAAAGCGGUGGGGAUGAUCAGAGGAUGGUUCUCUGCACCUUCCUUGACGCCACGGAGCAGCGGCUGCGCCAGGUGCUCAUGCUGCAGCAGCUGAGGGAGUGCGCGCAGCUGGCCACGCCGUCACAUGCCGCACCGCCCCAACCAGGUUCAGACGGCGGUCAGAGUGCUCCCACUCAUGCCGUCUCUCCCUCUGCUGCCUCUCCGCCUGGCGCCUCUCCCCCUGGCGCUGCUUCUGAACGGGGUGCCUCUGCCAGCAGUGCUGCUGCUGGUGCUGCUGGUGAUGCUGGUGCUGGUGCGGGUGCUGGUGCGGGUGCUGGUGGUGAUGCUGCUGGGCACGAUGCUGGUGGGCGCGAUGCUGGUGGGGGUGAUGGUGGGGAUGGCGGUGGGGAGGGCGACGAGCGCGUGUGUCUGUGGAGGGAGGCGGAGUGGCUGAUGGAGAGAGUGAAGGCAGCGCUGCAGCUGGGCCAUGAGAAUGCCAAGUUCCGAGCCAUCUUUGACCUCUCCAUUGUGAGUCAACGAGCCAUCUUUGACCUCUCCAUUGUGAGUCAACGAGCCAUCUUUGACCUCCCCAUUGUGAGUCAACGAGCCAUCUUUGACCUCUCCAUUGUGAGUCAACGAGCCAUCUUUGACCUCCCCAUUGUGAGUCAACGAGCCAUCUUUGACCUCUCCAUUGUGAGUCAACGAGCCAUCUUUGACCUCUCCAUUGACCCCAUUCAGCUGUUCACCUUCACCAGGGCAGGCGCCCCGCUCCCCAAGUGCAACGACGCCACGGACCCCAUUCAGGUGUUCACGACACCCGACUUCACUCUGCGCGAGUGCAACGACGCCACGGUCCAGAUCAUGGGGUACCCCUCCAAAGAGGCGGCGCUCGCCAGCAUGAGCAUCGUCAAGCAGUCGCCCGAGUUCCAGCCCAACGGGCGGCAGAGUUUGGAGUAUUUCUUGGAGAUCCUGGACGGCAUUAUGAAAGGGGGUGGCGUGGAGCCCUUUGAGUGGGACAUGUUUUCCUUGGAUGGCCGCGCGUGCACCGUGCUCGUCAAAGGCAAGGUCGUGGCGGUUAAUGGGAUUUCAUAUUAUGUAAGCGUGUGGCACGACAUAACGGACAUGAAGCGCAAGGAGGAGGAGCUGAAGGCGGCCAAGGAGGCGGCAGAGGCGGGCAGCGAGGCGAAGAACCGGUUUCUGGCGAACAUGAGCCACGAGCUGCGCACGCCCUUGAACGGCGUCAUCGGCGUUGCCGACCUGCUGCUGCGCACGCCGCUCUCCCCGCAGCAGCGCUCCUACGUGGACGUGAUUUCGUCGUCUGGCAACGCCCUCAUCCACAUCAUCUCAGACGUCCUCGAUAUAUCAAGAAUCGAGACUCACUCGCUCGUCCUCGACUGCUCCCCGUUCAACCUUCACCACACCGUGAACGAGGCCGUUGAGGCAGUGAGGAUCGCCGCACAAGGCAAAAAACUCAAGCUAUGCAGCCGGAUGGGCGUGGGCGUGCCGGCGUGGGUGGAGGGCGAUCAGCUGAGGGUGCGGCAGAUUCUCCUCAACCUGCUCUCCAACGCCAUCAAGUUCACCGACGCCGGCCGCGUGGACCUCACGGUCGCUGUGUGCUCCAACCCCUUUGAAAAGGAAAAUGGUAAAAGUCAUCCUCAGGUGGCUUCUCCUGGUUUUGAUGCAGAGACAAGGGUGGCAGGAGAGGCAGAGAGGCCUGUAGCGGGACAGGUGGAAAGGGGUCGGGAGUCAACUGAUUGUGGAGGUGAGCAGGAGAGGGAGGGGGACCAACCAAGGCAUGAAGGAAGGUGUUUACCUGGCACACCGAAAUCAGCAGCAGCAGGAACUGAGGUAGCAGCAGCAGCAGCAGCAGCAGCAUCAGCAGAAGGAGGCAGUCGUGGUGAAGGCAGAGGGGGGAGGGGAGACAUGGCAGAGGCAGAGGAAGAUGAGGUGAGUGCGCGUGUGCGGGAGGACUUGGACCGCAUACUGAAUGAGCCGUGGGUGCUCACUCCCGCCACCGCCUCGCUCGCUGCGGCUGAGGCUGGCCUUGCUGCUGCCUCGCUCUCGUGCCCCUCAAGAGUGUCUGAUGCCCUGGCUGUAGCACCAGCUGUAGCACCAGCUGUGGCACCAGCUGUGGCACCAGAUGUGGCACCAGCUGUGGCACCAGCUGUAGCACCAGCUCUGGCACCAGCUGUAGCACCAGCUGUAGCAGCAGCAGGUGAUGCAGACACAGCAGCUACAGCUACAGCUGUAUCUGUGCCCUCUGCAUCAGGAGCAGCGGAGGCAAUGGAGCUAUCAGAUGCACCAGCUGUAGCAGCAGCACUGGAGCAGCCCGCUUUCGAAGCAGCAGCCGCUGCACCAGAGGCUGACGACGGCCAGAGAUGCAAGGAAGACAGAGAGCACGCUGCUGUAGCAAGCUCCGCUGCACCAAGCUCUGCUGCACCACAUGCAGGGAAUGCAGCCUCCACUGCACCAGAUGCAGGGAAUGCAAGCUCCGCUGCUGCUGGGGCAAGAGAUACAGCGGAAGGCGCGAGGUGCAAGGAGGAUACGGAGUUCGCUGCUGUAGCAAGCUCCGCUGCCGCUGAUUCUGCAGCCGAUGCUGCGGCCGUCUCCAUCCUGUCCUUCCACGCCCAUGCGCCGACCAACCAGGCCCAAGAGCCAGGAGAAACGGGAGCAAACCGGACGGGAGGGAGAGACGGGGGAGGCGGGAAGGAACGAGGGAUAACGGAGGACGGGGAAGGGCGGGUGUGGGUGAGAAUCGACGUGAAGGACACGGGUAUGGGUCUGUCGGCAGACGCGAUGUCUCGACUAUUCGCCCCUUUCUGGCAGGUGGACGACUCGUCGUGCCGCAAGCAUGGCGGCACGGGCCUGGGUCUGUCCAUCUGCCGCUCGCUGGCGUCACUCAUGGGGGGCUGCAUCUCCGUCACCUCCACGCCCCACCAAGGCUCCACCUUCUCCCUCUCCCUGCCCUUCGCCCCUGCUGCUGCUGCUGUUGCUGCUGCUCGCUCUGGAGGGGGGAUUUUCCAGCAGCCAAGGGAGGAGGGGGUGAGGAGUGGUUUGGCAGGGUUAGGGGUUUGUAACGAAGGGGUGGCGAGGACCAUAGCGGGUGUAGAGACGAAGAGCGUAGUGGUUGAUUUGCAGCGCGGAAGAGGGGCAGGGGCAGAGAAGCGGGCAGAAAGGAGGUCGGAUUUUGUAGUGGAAGAGCAGGGAGAGGGGAUUGAGAGGGCUGGGAGGGAAGGGGCAGGUUUACAGCAGCAGCAGCCGCCACCACAGCAGCAGCGGCAGCAGCAGCAGCCAGGGAGCACUGGGGUGGCAGGAGGCUUGGGGGCGAAACGGAGAGCAGAGCAGGGUGACCUGGAAGGGCAAAGGAAGCGACUGAGGGGCUCCAGUGGGGAAGAGGGGGAAGAGGGGGAAGCGGGAGAGGAGGAGGGAGAUGAUGAGGAAGAGGAGGAAGAGGAGGAAGGGGUGGAAAUGGAAGAGGAGGAAGUGGAGGAAGGGGAGGAAAGUUUGAGGGAAGAGCAUGGGAAAAAGAAAGAAGAGGCAGGAGCUGAAAAUAGGAGCUGGGGGCGAGGUGGUCUAUCACUGGCGAGUUCUCUAUCUCACAACAACAGCAAUAGCAAGGGCGGCCGCCGGAGCAGCGGGAGCGGGCGCAGCGGCAGGAGCACGGGGUUUGAGGGGCUGCGGUGCCUGGUGGUGGAGGACAACGCGGUGAACCGCAUGGUGGUGGUGCAGCUGCUGAGGAACCUGCGAGUGGCGUGCGACGUGGCAGAGAACGGCCGCAAGGCCGUGGAGGCCUGCACCGCCACCAACUACCACGUCAUCUUCAUGGAUUGCCACAUGCCAGUGAUGGACGGGUUUGAAGCCACCACUCGCAUCCGACAGCUACAGUCCAACGCCCAUAUCGCUCACAUCCCUAGCACAAACACUAAUACAACCCCGGUCACAAACACUAAUACCACCACCCGGGUCUCCAACUCUCAUCUAACCGAAGCCCCAGAUGCUCCUGGGAUAAUUGAAGUACUGAGAGGGGACGAAGAGAGGACACAGCAAGAGAAGGUGGUUCAGCGGUCGACCAUAUACGCGGUGACUGCGAGCACAAUGAAGCACGAGAGAGACAAGUGCGCGGAUGCGGGCAUGGAUGGGUUCUUAGCCAAGCCGAUACGGCUGAGGGAUUUAGAGCAGGUGCUUGCGCAGAUAGUCGCCAGGGAUCAGUAGGAGGUGCACGGUUCACCAUAGAAUACAUGUAUGCACUGCUAGUGAGCACACCAGAGUGUCAAAUUUAACGAAUUGAUAGAGCCAUGGCAUACAAGGGAAUAUAACCUAGUGGAUUGUACUCUCUAAGGUACAAUCU